AUGGCCAUCUUCAGGAGCUCUGAGCCCUCAGAUUGCUGCUGCAGCCUCUCUUCGCUGCUGGCGCCUGACAUUCCAGCUGUAGCACCUGACAUUCCAGCUGUAGCACCUGACAUUCCAGCUGUAGCACUUGACAUUCCAGCUGUAGCACCUGACAUUCCAGCUGUAGCACCUGACAUUCCAGCUGUAGCACCUGACAUUCCAGCUGUAGCACCUGACAUUCCAGCUGUAGCACUUGACAUUCCAGCUGUAGCACCAGACAUUCCAGCUGUAGCACCUGACAUUCCAGCUGUAGCACCUGACAUUCCCAGCCGUAGUGCCUGCCUCUCCUUGGGGCAGCACUGUGCAGCAAUAAAUUCGAAAGUAUUCUCUGCCGAUACAGCCUGCACUCACGACCCCCUGCCCAACUCGUCCGUAAGGGGCUCAGGCUGCAGGGUCUGGGGGCCCGGGCUCAGCGGGCGCCCUCUGGCGGCCACGCAGCCUGGCCGACGGCUUGGCGCGUGCGCAGCCCCGCCGGACGCGCACCCUCACCGCAACGCGGCCCCGUGGGAGAGAAGCUUGGGGGGCACCACCGGGGGCCGCACCGCUCGCGGGUGCGUUGCAGUCCUCCGUCGUAUCGGAGUAGGCUCCCUGGCCGUCUCCUCCCAGGAGCUUGUCGCCGGAAGACGUCCGGACGCAGGCGCUAACGCCAAGCCGCGGUCCCUGGCGCCCUCACCUGCUGUCCGGCCCGCGUUCUCCGGAACUGGCCGCGGGCGUUUUCACGUCACUAUGGUUACAAGAAAGCUAACCCUUAAGGCUACGCGCCCCUUCUCUAUUCUCGCGAGACUCUGA